AUGUUGCCCGUAAGAGCACCCAUAUUGGGCGCCGGACAUCGUAAUUUUAAUAAAAAAGAUUACCUUGCAAACCUAUCCAUGCCCAGCUAUAGAGAAUGUCGACGGCUUACUUCUCCUAUUUAUGUUGCUCUAAUGCAAGAAUUACUCGAAGAUGGCUGCUUCACUACAGCCAAACAUUUUAAUGCUCUAGUAAUAAAGGAACAGCAACUUUUUCAUGGCGCUCUGAUUUCACGUCGCGCCUUCACUAAACCUGAAUUUCUUCUUGGUUUAUAUGAUAAUUGCAAGAUGGCCGAAAAGUCGGGUAAACAAAAAAAUGGUCAACUUUUAUGCUCACGUUUGCUCUUGCAAUGCAUACUCAUAUGCGAGAGGUUCCGUAAAGAAUUUUAUUGGGUAUUGUGUGAAAUUUCCAGAAUUAUGGCGGGAAUAUGCGAACAUUUGAUGGCGUACCCAAAUGGAUCCGAGGAGACUCUGUGUCAAAUAUUCCAAAGAUGCGCACAAAUAGCUGCCAAAGAUACAUCGGAAGCUAUGAAAUAUUUGAAGCUGGCUUUUAAAUUAGCUGAGGGCGCGAGUUGGACAACUCUCGUGGGUACACGCGGUAAAGAUCAGGUCCUGAAAUUGACAUCUGCCGUAAUUGCAGAGUCUUUGAUUGAAAUUACUCUGAAACUUGCGCGUAACCUGGUACACGAGCAGCCCGAUCAAGCAGCAGAAUUAGCAGAAGCAGCUUUGGUUAUCUUAUCUAAUGGAAAUUGGAAUGAAAAUAGAUUACUUUUCAUAAAUGUCUAUCUUGAAUUCGCCUCCUUUCUUAUCAAGGGCGGCAAAUAUAGACAGGCUACUUCCACGAUUAACCAUAUAAGUAAAAGCAUGCGAUCUUGCAGCCCGAAUGACAAAAACUAUGUAGAAGUCUUGAGCAGAUAUACUUGUUUGAAAGGACAAUGUUAUAGUCGAACUGAUCAAAAGUAUUUAGCGUUAAUGUCGCACUACGAGUCGCUUAGACUAAGUACAGAAAAUGAUAUGAAAAACUUACAAAUUGAAGCUUUAUUAGACGCUGCCGAUGUCUAUAUUGCUCUUGGAGUAUCGCAGUCCCGCAUGGCUGAGAAGUGCCUGCAACAAGUAAAAUUUCUAUCGAAACAAGUAGGAGAUGCCUCUAGUUUGAAGAAAGCUAUUUAUCUAUUUGCGAAGGUGAAAAUUCUCCAAGUAUAUCCACUUUUAUUGGAUGUUAUAAGAAACUCUCGCAAUUUAUCUUGCGAUUUGAUUCGCUUGCGCGGCUGGAAGGAUUCUUGUGCACCUUUUUGGAUAAAUUUAAAUUUCUCUUACGAAAAAGAACAACUGGAUGAUCCACUUGAUUGCUUAAGGAAAUCAAAAACAUAA